AUUAAGAUACAAUAGUGUUUUUUUUACUUGUACUAGCGAUAGUAUUACGUGUAAAAGAAAACCAGUCACAGUCACAGUGUCAAAUUUUACUUGAUUCAUAAAAUCCCUUUAUUCAUUGUUUCUCGAAUUAAUAGUGCUCCGGAAAUAUCAAGUUAGGAAGAUGAGUGACGCUUUGGAAAAUAUCAAUCCAAAAUUAUACAAAAAGAUAGACGAAAGACAAAUUACUGCACAUGAUGAAGACGAGGAUAUUGUAGAUGAAUUUGAUGCACGUGAAAUUUUUGAUUUAAUUAGGAAUAUUAAUGAUCCGGAACAUCCUUUAACAUUGGAAGAAUUAAAUGUAGUAGAACAAAGUCUGAUUGAGAUUGAUAAUAAAACAAACAGAAUUCAUGUGAAGUUUACUCCAACAAUACCACACUGUAGCAUGGCAACAUUAAUUGGUUUAUCAAUUAGAGUACAACUAUUGAGAGUAUUACCCUCAAGGUUUAAAGUUAAUGUAGAAAUUACACCAGGUACUCACAUGUCAGAGGCAGCUGUAAACAAACAAUUGGCUGAUAAGGAAAGAGUAGCAGCAGCUCUUGAAAACAGUCAUCUGCUUCGAGUGAUUAAUCAGUGUAUUGGAAUUAAAUGACAGUAGUGCUGUAAUUCUAGGAUGUAU